AAGGAGCUAUUGAAAUUCGAAUGUAAACAAGUUUGUACUUUGUUUAAGCUCCCUAACUAAUUCAACUGGGUAUACAAAAUGCUACUCACAUUUCCAAAUGUUUAUUCGUUUUGGAAAGCGAAGUAAUGUUCAAAUCGUGAAAAUAAGACCUGUGCAAUGUUGUGCGCAAUUUUUCCAGCAUCAUGACAUUUAUUUGGAGUCUGUGGCUCAAGUGGUUUGAAAGCGCGAAUAUCCAACUUGAAACUGUUUUUACCUCGGUGGAACUCUUCCAAGUCAAGGAAAGUAUUCUGAUCAAUGUGACAGCAGGGACAUUGAAUGAUACACAGGUGCAGGAGUCCAACAACUUGCAGAUCAACCUGAAUAUUUCAGUGGAUGAAGAGCAGGUGCUCAUCAAUGACAUCCCUGUGGAGUUGUCAGGGGUGACCAGGUUGAACUGCCAAGCCUUGCUGUUGGAUACCACCAAUGGCACAAGUGAAUUUGAAUCUGGUGACUAUGUCUCCACUGUCACCCGGGUGAUGGUGAGCCAGAAUCGCUUGUGGAGUGAUUCAGAAGAGGUGGUGGCUCUCCAAGUGUUCAGCGAGGUCAUCGAGAUGGAGGGAAAAAAGGUCCAGCAGCCAGAAAUGUGUGAAGUGAAGAUACUGAUGAACCCCAAUUUCCAGACGCUUGCGCAGUAUACCAACACCUAUCCCAUUGGACACAGCGAGAUUUUCAGGAUCCCAAGGGAAAAUGAUGUGGUCAUCACAGAUCCAACAAAUCCUAAAAAAGCUGAAUAUCAAGUGAUGUCCCAGACCACCAGUCAUUACCCUCUGAAGCAUGCGGACACCACCCAGGAGGAGACUGCUGCCCCAGGCAAGCUCCCGGAGACUCCUCUCCGCAUGGACCCAGACCUGCUGUAUGAUAACAAUGAUGAGGGUGAUGACUUGGGAGGGCUGUCUGAUCAGAUGCAGACAGAGGCACCACUCAAAGAAUCUAUCUCUUCUUACAGUGCCAUGUGUCGAUGGGUGGAGGAGGUGAGGGACCGCCUGCGACGCUUCUGGUCUGAGUCCUUGCCCCUGUUCUUCUUGGUCAUGUGGGUGGUAGUGAUUGGUGUGGUUGGGUCAGCGGUCAUUGUCAAGAUCCUGGACAUGUUCUUCCCAACAUGUGAACACAAGGGAAUUUUCCAUUUAAAUCCUGUGACUCUGAUGCCGGAAGAUGAGAAACACACCCUGCUGGAGAACGUUGAAAUAGAGGUAGAGGAGGUGAAAAGGCCUUCAUUGAAAACUGAAGAGGAGUCUGAUUGCAUCUGUUGAAAACACAAGGCAUUAUGUGGUUAGAGAAACCAUAAUCUCUUUGUAGCACUUAUUACACAUGCAUUGCAAACAUAACAUGUUUAGCUUUAUUUCUCAAACAUUAUACCCUCCUCUCAAAGAAGGAAUCUGAAAUGUUACUAGUGGAAGCAGAGCUGCAUACUGCAUUACUUUUCAUAUUAUGAUUGUGUUACCUCACAGUGCCUCUGUAACCAUUCUACUUUGCAUUAUGAAACACUGACUUCCUAUUGGUUUAUUUUUGAUUGCUCAUUUCAUAUUUUAUCAUUCUGACUGGAGGAUUGAAUUGAAGAUUUGGUGUUUGUUUGCAUGCAACUUUAAAUCAUAAGACAGUUUUUAUUUACUGUAUUUGAACCAGUGCAUAAUAUUGUCAGAGCCUCACCAAUGCAUUUGUUGUAAAAUGUCAACAAAACAUUUUUACGUUGGUAUUACAUUUUGUCUGAACUUGACGGGCCUGCGGUCCUAGUCUUGCACCCAACAUUAUGAGUGCAGUGUUGAACAGAGACUGAGCAAAUAGAUCUCAUUCCAACCAUUUCAAUUGAUAGACAGAUGGCAGUUAGUUCCUGUAGCUGAAUGAUCUCUGUCAUAGAACAUUGCAGAUAGACCUGGAAAGUAUAGAACAGACAUUAACUGCUUUAGAGUGUCCUGUCUAUACAGUCCAUUUCUGUUCACUCUGAAUAUACUGCUUUAUACCUUGAAAUGUAUGAAUAUGGUUACUGGAUGUUCUUUGCAAUAUGAGUGAAUGACAAUGGAUGUUCUCUGCAAUGUGAAUUACUCGCAAUGGCCGUGCACUAUCAACAUAGACAUCUGAAGCUACACUUUAGUCUAAGAAUAGUCAAACCUACUCCUCUGCCAAUAGCGUAUUGGCUGGUUUGCCUCAAAGCAGGCUAGGCAUGAGCAAAAUAAAAUUGUAUCAAUGUGAUUCUCAAGAUUAGGCUCAUGGUUGACAUAUGGGGCCCUGGCACAUUGACUUAGUAGCCAUAGUAUGGAAUGCAGUUAGCUGUCAAUGAAACUGCAUGCUGAUUUGAACUUGAGUGGGUGAAUUAGAACUUAGUUAUUUUACAUUUUGCUUCUAUGGUGCCUCAAUUCAAUUUCAAUCUUGUGUUUUACUAAACGCAUGGGAGCAUGGCAUGUGUGCAUCAUGUAUUUUUCAUUCAAAUCAAACUGUACAUUGUAUUCCCAAAUCCUGCUCAAUAAAAAUGUUUCUGUAAA